AGUUGCCAGCAGGCCAUCAGCUGCAACAGCCGUUCUCGGCACGGUGACGCCUUCUCCACUCACUUUCGCUCAGCGCAGUGCGGGCCACGGGUUCAUCCAUCCAGCAACCACUUGCUGACUACCUGCCAGGGUCGGGCAGCUGGGCGGAUGGAUGUCAUGAGCCUCCCAGCCAUCGAGAGCCACAGGGACCUCCACAUCUGGAUCGUUGAGAACCUGGAGAUGGUGCCGGUACCCGAGAGGGCUUAUGGGAACUUCUUCGAGGAGUACUGCUACAUCGUCCUCCACGUCCCCCAGAAUCUAAAGGACACGCAGGGGGCAUUCAAGGACUUGCACUACUGGAUCGGAAAGAAGGCGGACGCGGAGGCCCAGGACGUGGCUGGCAGCUUCAUGCAGCACCUGCAGGAGGCGCUGAGUGGCGCCACAGUGCAGCACCGAGAGGUGCAGGGCCACGAGUCCGACUGUUUCUGCAGUUACUUCCGCCCAGGGAUCAUCUACCGGAAGGGAGGCCUGCCCUCUGACCUCAAGCACAUGGAGACCAGCAUGUACGGCAUCCAGAGGCUGCUGUGUAUCAGAGGGCGGAAGCAUGUGUCAGCCACCGAGGUGGAGCUCUCCUGGGAAAGCUUUAAAAAGGGUGACAUUUUCCUGCUGGACCUGGGCAAGGUGAUGAUCCAGUGGAACAGGCCCAAGACCAGUGUCUCCGAGAAGGCUCGGGGCCUGGCCCUGACCUGCAGCCUCCAGGACAGGGAGCGAGGGGGUCGUGCCCAGAUCGGUGUAGUGGAUGAUGAGGUCAAAGCCGCUGGCCUCAUGGCGAUCAUGGAAGCUGUGCUGGGCCGCAGAGCGGGCCACACGUACGCCGCCGAGCGGAAGGAGAGUGCUAACCAGCUACAGAAGGCCCACGUCCACCUCUUCCAUGUCUACGAGAAGGGUAAGGACCUGGUGAUCCAGGAGGUGGCAACCUGCCUGCUGACCCAAGACCUACUUCAUGAGGAGGACUGCUACAUCCUGGACCAGGGGGGCUUCAAGGUCUAUGUGUGGCAGGGACGCCAGUCUAACCAUCAGGAGAAGAGGGCCGCCUUCAGCUGGGCUCUGGGCUUCAUCCAGGUCAAGGGCUACCCGCCUCACACCAACGUGGAGGUGGUGAGCGACGGCAAGGAGUCCGCAGCGUUCAAGCAGUUAUUCCGGUCCUGGUCUCAGGAUGCAGGAGGAAACAAGGAAAUGGGCAGGAUCCGUAAACUGACUCAGGUAAAGCUCGACAUGGGCAAGCUGCACAGCCAGCCCGAGCUAGCAGCCCAGUUCAGGAUGGUGGAUGACGGCUCCGGGAAGGUGGAGGUGUGGUGCAUCCAGGACUUAGGCAGGCAGCCCAUGGACCCCAAGCACCAUGGACAGUUUUGUGCCAGCAACUGCUACCUUGUCCUCUAUACGUACCAGAAGAUGGGCCGCAUCCAGUACAUCCUAUACCUAUGGAAGGGCCACCAGGCCACUGCACACGGGAUACAGGCCUUGAACUGCAGUGCCGAGGAGCUGGACGUCAUGUACCAUGGGGCCCUGGUGCAAGAGUAUGUGACCAUGGCCAGCGAGCCGCCCCACUUCCUUGCCAUCUUCCAGGGCCAGCUGGUGGUCUUCCAGGAGAGCACCAGGCACAGUGCAAAGGGGCAGCCAGCAUCCACCACGAGGCUCUUCCAUGUGCAAGGCACCGACAGCUACAACACCAGGACCAUGGAGGUGCCAGCCCGGGCCUCAGCCCUCAACUCCAGUGAUAUCUUCUUGCUGGUCACAGCCAGCAUCUGCUACCUGUGGUUUGGGAAGGGCUGCAGCGGUGAUCAGCGGGAGAUGGCGCGGACAGUAGUCCCUGUCAUCUCCGAGAAGGACAAGGAAACAGUGCUGGAGGGUCAGGAGCCUCCCCUUUUCUGGGACGCCCUGGGGGGCCGGGCCCCCUACCCCAGCAACAAGAGCCUCCCUGAGGACGUCUCUGGCUUUCAGCCACGACUGUUUGAGUGCUCCAGCCCGAAUGGGCACCUGGUCCUCGUGGAAGUGGUGUUCUUUAGCCAAGAGGACCUGGACAAGAAUGAUGUCAUGUUACUCGACACCUGGCAGGAGAUCUUCCUGUGGCUCGGGGAAGCCGUCAGUGAGCAGAAGAAGGAGGCGGUGGCCUGGGGCCAGGAGUACCUGCAAACCCAUCCAGCAGGAAGGAGCCUGGCCACGCCCAUUGUGCUGAUCAGGCAGGGCCACGAGCCUCCCAUGUUCACCGGAUGGUUCCUCGCCUGGGACCCCUACAAGUGGACCGUGAGUGAGAACAACCAGCCCUAUACAGAGGUGGUGGGAGGCAGGCUGGGAGCAAUCUCUUCCAUCUCUGAGAUAACAGCAGGAGUCAACAACUUCCAGCUGUCCAGAUGGCCAGGCAAUAGCAGCACAGGCCCCUUGGCCCUGCAAGCCUUCAGGGGCUCCCAGGACAGGUCAGAAAAUGAGCUGGAGCUGAGCCCCAAGGUGAGCGGCAGCAGCACCGGCACCAGCAGCAGCAGCCCCAGCAGCAGCAGCAGCAGCGGUGGCAGCUCCCACAGCAGCCCCAGGUCCAUGAUCAACGGGGGCCUGUCCCGAGAACAGCUGAUGUACCAGGCUGCCAAGGACCUGCCAGAGGGCGUGGACCCGGCCCACAAGGAGUUCUAUCUCUCCGACUCGGACUUCCGAGAUAUCUUCGGGAAGUCCAAGGAGGAAUUCUACAGCAUGGCCAAGUGGAGGCAGCAGCAGGAGAAAAAGCAGCUCGGCCUCUUCUGAACCCAAGCCCUGCUCCGGCUUGGUGCCACUCCUGGGACCCGUCCAUCCUGGGUACCUCCCCCACAUGCACCUGAGCCCCCAGGGAGACUCCUGGGUCACCCCCUCCCUGUCAA